AUGAGCGCCAAGGAAAUUCCAGCAAGAACAGGUGGGAGUGACGAUAGCAUCUCCCAGGAUGACUUUGAUCUCAUUCUGUCCCCGCACAUCAUGAAGAACACUGACUCCACACUGCCACUUGUGCUCCUUGUGCUACCUGACAUGGUGGCGCUAUGCCCAAUGAGUCACACCUCUGCUAAAACCAUCAGAGAUGAAGGGGGAGGAGAAGAAAAGAAAGAAGUCGUCAGGGAGAGAAAAAAAGCUUGA